AUGCAACACCUGGAUGACCGACUGACCACACCCAGGUCACCCGGACAUGAAGACAGGCCCGGGUCACCCGGACACGAAGACGGGCCCGGGUCACCCGGACACGAAGACGGGCCCGGGUCACCCGGACACGAAGACGGGCCCGGGUCACCCGGACACGAAGACGGGCCCGGGUCACCCGGACACGAAGACGGGCCCGGGUCACCCGGACACGAAGACGGGCCCGGGCCACCCGGACACGAAGACGGGCCCGGGUCACCCGGACACGAAGACGGGCCCGGGUCACCCGGACACGAAGACGGGCCCGGGUCACCCGGACACGAAGACGGGCCCGGGUCACCCGGACACGAAGACGGGCCCGGGUCACCCGGACACGAAGACGGGCCCGGGUCACCCGGACACGAAGACGGGCCCGGGUCACCCGGACACGAAGACGGGCCCGGGUCACCCGGACACAAAGACAGGCAUGGAUAA